GCCGUGCCGGGAGCGCGGGGGGGGGCGUCGGACUCCGCCACACGGAGCCCCUCAGCGGCCGCCAGCGCUCCGCCAGAGCCAGGGUUCCUGACAUUCGAAGAUGCCACGCUAUGGGGCAAUCGUUGUCAUUAAAAGGAAUGGGACUGAUGGAAUUGUUUUUCCGCUCACCUCAACUUCUUGUUUAUUUGGAAGGAAAUCAGAAUGUGACAUCCGCAUGCGGCUGCCCUGGGUGUCCAACGAGCACUGCAAAAUCGAGAUCAACGAGAACAAGGAGGCAGUCCUGACCAAUUUGAGCACAGUGAACCCCACGCAGCUGAACGGGGCCAGCUUUGAGCAGCCUGUUCCCCUGAAGCACGGAGAUGUUUUAACCAUUAUUGAUCGUUCUUUCAGGUUUGAAUAUCCUCUGCAAGCAACUCCAAAGAAGAGGCGCUCCAGGUCUGCAAAAGAUGAAACUCUGCAGGUUCUUCAUGUUCAGCAGGUGGCAGAAGAGGAAUUAUUACAGAAACAAUCUUCAGGAGCUAAAAGUGUGGAUGCUUCAGAUGAUGCUGAGUGUGAAGAAAAAAAUGCCAAUGGAAAUCAACAGACUCCAAAGAAAAAUCUUCCUGGAGCUUUCCCUGUCAAACUCCAAACACUCAAAUCUUCACAGAGAAUACAUCAUGGUCUUGAAAAGCAAACUGAAAUGUCUCCCUUUAAUAAACUCUAUGGUAAUCUUAAAAAGAAUAUGGAAGCAGAAAAACCUCUGCACAGGGGAACUGCAAAAGGAGAGCCUGGCAGGGUUCUGCCAGAGCCAAGUGUUCCCAUUUGUGAUAUUGCACUGGACAGCCUGGCUGAAAGAAAGGAAACGGGCAGAGUGGAAGAAUGUAUCAUUGUGAGGAGUGAUAAAAUAAUGAGUGCAGUGCUUAACAAGCUGUCAGCUGGAGGAAGAACUCCCAGGCAUCCUCAAACUCCCAUUUCAAGGGUGUCAGGAGAUAGCAGUCAGAGUCCAUUGCAGGAUCCUAAGGAAUUUAGGACACCAGGCAGAUCCAAAAGUACUGCAGCUACACCCAAAACCAGCAGGAAGCAUAGGCAUUCCCUGGUUGUGGUGGAGCAGUGCUCCAUAGUAAGACUUGAAUGUUCACUUACAAGGGCCACCCCCCGGGGUGCUGAAGGAGCUCAGGAUGUGCUGAGCACACCAACAUCCAGGAGGAAGAGUCCUCGGUCUCUUUCCGUGUCACCUCCCAAAGAAAGCACUGGAAAGAAUCCAGGAAAUGCUGAUACUCCAAGGACCCCACGGCGUAGGUCACUGAAACUGAAGCCACUUGCAGAAACCCCAGCCAGAGCUCCAGAGUUAGAUAUAGUGUGCAGGUGUGAUGACACAGAGCUGCCUUUGCCAGAAGACAAAUGCUUAAAGCAAAGACGAAACAGCAAACAACCAAUACCAGGAAUAUGUAUCCGGGAAGUGCUGGAAAAAUUCUGGGAUCGGACAAAGCUGAGGAUGGGAUAUUGUGAAAGCCCUUCCUCUCUCUCUAAUUCCAAGAGUCCCAGAAGAAACAGCAGGGAGAAUAAGGAACUCUUGGAGAAAAGUGCCCAUUCAGAGGCAUUGGCUUCAGAAGGGAUGUUGGCAUCUCCUGGUCAGACACCUGGCAGGAAGAGGGGAAGGCCAAGGACCUCUGGAGUGCUGGCUGAAGCAGCACUGGAGACAAGCACUGCUCAGGAACAUCACAAUUCAGGCAGAAAAGCCAGUGGAACUCCAGCAGAGCUGGCCCUGGACAGUUGUCACCAAAACCAGGAUUUGGAAGAUGCCAGUGCUACAACACCUCGGAGAGCAUCAGCCAAGAGAAGAUCUGGAAGUGCUGCUGAGCUGAGAGACACUGAGCCUGGCUCAGAAACCAAAGCUUCUGGCCUCUUGCCUGGAGAAGACUCAGGCAAGACAAAAAGAAUCUCUCAGAAGAGGAAAAGUGGUGAAACACUCCCUCAGACCCUGGGCAAAAGGAAGAGAGUGUCUUUUGGUGGCCAUCUGAGUCCAGAACUCUUUGAUAAAAGCUUGCCUCCCAACUCUCCCCUGAAAAGAGGAGCUCUCCCUGCCAGGAUGAGUUUGCCCUGUGGAGACUCUCCUCGAGCUGUGCUCAAAAAGGACUUGAAGCAUCAGAUAGAUCAGGAAGAAAAAAGGUCACCCAAAAAUUCCCCAGCCCAGCAGUCCCCAGGAGCCUCAUCCCCUGUCUCAGGGAAGGCAACACCCAAAAUGCCCUCAGGCUCUCCAGCCCCUUUCAGGAGAGGCUGUUUCUCCAUCUCCCAGCCCCCCACACCAUUCCCAAUUGCAGAGGAGAAGGAUGCUGGCACAGAAGACCUGGAUCCAGAGGGGAGCAGUGGUGCCCAAGAGAAAACACCCAAAUCUUCUCCUGCUCCCCAAGAUGCCAAGGUGACAGUGACACCUACCAGGUCAGCCAGAGGUGCCCAGCUGGGUGUGAAGGGCACUGCCAGGAGGAGCAGAGGAGGGGCUGUGGCUGCUCUCAGUGCCAAGAGGAGAAGUGGUGCCUCCAGUGCCAAUUUAUUAGUUGCAAAAUCUUGGGCAGAAGUGGUAAAAUUGGGAGUUCCAAGACCACUAUCAAGGCCUGCUAAGAAAAGUGUCUGUAAAGGAAGAGCUCUGAAGAGGAUCAAUCACCCACCAAAGACUCCAGAGAAGAAAAUAAAAGAUCACUUCAGCACAGGUCAUGCAGCAUCACCUGCCACCAUAGUUGUAGGUAGAGCUUAUUCCACCUCAGUCAGGUCAGCUGGACACGUCCCCAAAGUGGUAAAAAAUCCCCAGCUGAAGGUGAACAUGGAUAUGGAUGAAAGCUUCACAGGAGUGCCUGAAAUGUUCCAAACUCCAGAAAAUCAGGGAGGAAGAACACUUCCUUUGGCUGCUGCUCAGAAUGCUGAUUUUACACCACCAUGGGCUGCAGGGGACACUUCUGACUUGCACACUCCUGAGGAAUCUGGAGAGAUGAUGGUGUCACCAUUAAAUAAUUCAGAUGCUUCAGAACAGAAGCAAGAGAAUCCAGGCAUAUUCUCCUUUCUGGGAGAGGAGUCAUCUCCACCUAUGUUUGAUGAAAUAGCCACAAAAACUCCUGAAAAAAGACAAGCUGUGCACAAAGAUAAUGUGGAUAGUUUGGAAAUAAUUCCAGAAAAACCAGCAUCUCUGGUGAAAUCAGGAAAUAAAAGGAAGACUCCAAAGCAGAAGGUGGGGCCAGUUGAGGCCAUGUCAAGCAAAAGGAAGAUUUUAAGGACCCCUGAGCAAAGGUCAGAACCAGGAGAGGUUUUAUCAGGUAUCAAGAGGCUCAUGAAGACCCCAAGGCAGAAGUCUGAACCUGCAGAGGUUUUGUCAGGAAUCAGAGAGCUCAUGAAGACCCCGAAUCAGAAAUUGGAGCCUGCAGAGGUUUUGUCAGGUAUCAGAGAGCUCUUGAAGACCCCGAAUCAGAAAUUGGAGCCUGUAGAGGUUUUGUCAGGUAUCAAAGAGCUCUUGAAGACCCCAAAGCAGAAAUUGGAGCCUGCAGAGGUUUUGUCAGGUAUCAGAGAGCUCUUGAAGACCCCAAAUCAGAAAUUGGAACCUGCAGAGGCUUUGUCAGGCAUUAAGCAGCUCAUGAAGACCCCAAAGCAGAAGCCAGAACCAGUGGAGGACCUGUCUGGCAUUAAGCAGCUCAUGAAGACCCCAAAGCAGAAAUUGGAACCUGUAGAGGCUUUGUCAGGCAUUAAGCAGCUCAUGAAGACCCCAAAGCAGAAGCCAGAACCAGUGGAGGACCUGUCUGGCAUCAAGCAGCUCCUGAAGACCCCACAGCAAGAGCUGGAACCAGUGACAGAUGAAAUAGCCUUGCAAAGGUUGCUGGAGACUCCAGUAGAGAGGAGGAAAGCAGUAAAAGCUGUGCCAGGUGUGACUUCAAGCAAGAAAACCCCAAAGCUGAAAUCCCAACCCGUGGAAGACAUGGUUGGGAUCAGCCGCAUUUUCCAGACACCCAAGGAAAAGGUUGAGCCCAUAGAAAACAUGUUUGGAAUUAGCAGAUUAAUGAAGUCUCCUAAAGAGAAAUCUCAACCAGUGGAGGAUUUUGUGGGACUGCAAAGGCUCAUGGCAGAACCCAGGCAGAAAUCUUCUGAUUCUGAAGUGGACUAUGCUGGAAUGACUGAAAUGUUUGGUACCCCAGAGGAAAUGAAGGUGAGAUCAGUAAAUGUUAAAGAUUCUCCAGAAGAAAUUGCACCUCCUGGUUCUAAUUCCAGUCAUAAACGUGAAAAGAGAGGAAAAGUUUCCCAAGGUGAAGAUUCUCAACAGAAGGACUCAACUGGUGAGGAGCAGCCUACCCAGAGACCCAGGAGGGGCAGAGGUACCAAGGCUGUACCUCCUGCUGCAGCAAAGCCAAGUGAAAGUGGUGUGGGUUUAAAGGAAUUGCAGAGUCCUGGUACCCAAGAGGAGAUGGGAGUGAUGCCACCUGAAAACAAGGGAAGAGGAAGGAGGACAAAGCGUUGCAUACAAGGAGUUGUUCCAAAGCACCCUGAUCUGGAAGGGCUUAACAUUGUUUCAUCUGUGGAACCAUCUGGAGCUGCUCAGAGACCAGGAAGAGGUAAAAGGAAAGAGCUGAAGGAGGUAAAACAUCCAAAUGAAAAUCUGGAGUCUUGUGUUGAAGAUUCUUCAGUGCUACAAAAAGCACCUGCAAAUACCAAAGAGAGUUUGCAGGACUGUGGCAUCAGUGAAACUGAAGAUGAUCCAGGCACAAAGACAGGACCUGGAAACGUUCAGAAUGAAAUUUGUCAGCUGCAAACAGGUUUAAAUAAUCCUGAUAGCAAAGCUAAUGACAGUGGGAUAGAGGACAGUGAAGAAGUGCUCCUGUCACCCAGGAGGAGGUGCAGAGGAGCAGAGAACACAGAACCAGUGAUUCCAGCAAAAAGAGGGAGACGAGCAAGGAAUGACCAAGGUAAGGCAGCUUCUCCAGGAGACCAUGGAGCAACCAGAAAGCUUCGUAAAGAGCCAUCCCCAAAGGUUACACAGCCUUGUGACAAAGCUCCUGAGGCUGUCACAGCACAGGAAUCUGAAAAUGGCACUAAGCUUGAACUAAAGGCAGCAGAGAGAAGAGGUAAGUCUCUUAGAAGUACUAGAAACAGAAAGCACUCAGCUGAAAUAAAAACAGACACUCCUGAGGUCGCACUUGAAAAUACACAAAACAUUCAGAAAACUGAGGAAACAUCAACUGAAACUGAUGCUGAAACGCAAUCCCACGUGAAAAAUGAGAUGAAAGAAUCUCAGGGAUGUGAAACAGAAAAUGCUCAGGAAAAUACAACAGAGGCAGCUCGAAGAUUAAAGUCAGAGUCACCUUCUGCAGAGACUAACAAAAUGCCAGUCUGUGCUCAGAACAUGGAAGCAAACAGGGCUAGAAACAGGAGGGGCAAGAAAGACUCUUUGGAGCAAAAAGCUGAUGAAUUUACUGAAAAUGUGAACAGCCAAAACCAAAUUACUCCUAAAUUUAAGUCAGAAACAGAAGUGGAUGAAGCUUCUCUGCAGGAUUCCCUGGGCUCUGUUUGUGUGAGUGCAGCCCAAGCCAGGAAGGAGCAGCCCAGCCCUGCUGCUGACAGUGCCAGUCCUGCUCAGGGCAGUCACAGGAGGAUGAGAAAUGGACAGGGAAUACUUAGAGCAAAGCAAACUGAAAUCCUGCAGGGGAAUCCAGCACAAAGAAAUGCACUGAUGUGUACAAGAGGAAGAGGUAAAAAAGUUAAUUUUCAGCUUGAAGAAGGCAGUUCCAAAGCAAUUGAAGGAAAAAGUUUACCUGAGGGUGGUGAAGGGAUGACUGACAAAGAUAAUCAACAUGAGAAUUCCAAAAAUCCUCCUUCACAGGGAAGGAGGGGCAGGAGAAAGCAACUUGAUUCCAUCCCACAUAAAGCUAGUCCUGCCUUGAUGGAAAACCAAACAUUAAGUGCAGAUCAGAGGAAAGAUCAGGCUGUUGUACAAGAGCAAGGACCAGCUUUGGGAGCUGCUCCCUCUGCAGCAGAGGGCAGUGCACCGAGACGGGGGAGGAGACGUGAGGCGGCUGCAGCCUCACAGAGCAGAUCUCCUUCAGUCAGAACGAGGCGUGGGGCACUGGGAGGUGAUGCUAAAAAGGUGGCAGAGAGAGAAAAUGAAAAUCCAGCUCUGGGUAAUCAAACUUCACAGGCAAAAGUGAAUGCAUCAGCAAGGGACAGAAGGAAAAAGAUGGAUCCGGCAGCAGAGACAGCAAGUUCAACUCCUCUCCAGAGCAAAUGUGACUUGUCAGAGACUAAAGAUGGGGGUACUGAUGAAGAACAGGGUGUGCCUUUGGAAGCAGUGUCCUGUGCAAAGGAGAAGCCAGCAGGAAGGGGCAGAAGGAAAGAAGCUCCUCUGGCAUCACACACAGCCAACUCCAUCUCUCUUCGAGGGAAACGCAGGCUGCCCGCAGGUGAUGGAGGAGAAGCUCCCAAGGAAGAGCAGAACGUUCCCUCAGAAACUUGUGAUCCAUCUGGAAAAGAAAAUCAACUGAGAAGAGGCAGGAGGAAGGAAGUUGCCUCCUUGAUAGAAGCAAAAAGUUCUAUUCAGGAAAACCAGGUCCCAUCAAAACGAAGUGGUAGAAAGAAUAGCAGGGAAGCUAAACAGAGUUUGGAUAAUUCUUCCCAAGAAAAUACAGAUCCUGUAAAAGGGAGCUCUGGGCAAGCAACCACUUCACUGGCUCUAAGUCCCACCUCAACUCAAGGUUUGCCAGAAGAUGGUAAAGAUGGACUUCCUGAAGAGCAAAGUAAACUUUUGGACAUAGCUCCACCUGCAAUAGAAAAUCCAUCAAGAGUGGGCAGGAAGAAAACAACUUCUUCCACUUUGGAGGAAACCAUUUCCAUUUCUCUCAGAGGAAAACCCAACCUGCCCAGAGGCAGAGGGCAGAAGAGUAUUCUUAUAGGAAGUGAAGGUACAUCUCAGGAAAAGAAUCCAUGCCAGGGAAGAGCAAGGCAGUUGAGGAAUAAGAGGAGGAAAGUGGAAUUCCCAUUAGAGGCAGCUAUUUCUACUUCCCCCCAUAAAAGCAGUGACUUGCCAGAAAAUGGCAACACUCUGGAAAAUCAGGAUUUGAGUGGGGCAUCCAGUGCUUCUGAGGAAAAUAAAUCUGGAAAAGGACAGGAGGGUGACCCUGCUCCACAGGCAGCCCCCACCUCUCGCAGGAGGAAAGGCCAGCUGCCAGCAGAGGACGUGGCACCCAAAAAAUUCAAAUCAGGGAAUGAUGAAAAUGGGCCUCUCCAAAGAGGAAGAAGAAACAAAACUAAACUUGGAGAAGAGGAUGCAAGGACUGGAGGGAUGGAGAGGAGGACAAGAUCCAGCACAAGAACAAGAAAAUAGUUUUAAGAGUCCCAGAACCAGUCUGAAACCAAUUCAGCAAUUCCAAUCAUAGGUUUUUCUUAAUGUUAAUUAAUUUGCACUCAGAUUUUAAGCUCAGAUUUUUGAUAGUUUUAUGGUUGCUUUACAAAAUCUGUUUGUUAAUGUGGUUACAGGUAGAAGGUAGAUGUUUCUUUAGCAGCUUUGCCAGUGGUGGUUCCUAAACCAUGAGCUGCUUGUGCAAAGCUGCAAAGGUUAAUUACAUUUGUAAUACCAGUGGUUCUCCUCUUUUUCCUGUUGAUCAGUACAGCAAUCAGGAAGCCACAUUGCUGCCAGCUGAAGCUAUUUUCUAUUGAAAUUUUCCUAUGCUUAAGUUUUAUUUUCAUUUGAGUUCUGUAAAUACUCUUUUUUUAAAAAUACAGUUGUAUUAGCAGAAGUAUUAUGCU